UAAUCCCACUUUGUCCGUCGCGCCAAAGCCCACAGAAUUUUCUCCCGCUCCAUUCCAUCCCUUGACCCUUCCCUUGGCUCCCCCCGAUUCCGUCUGCCAUCAUAAUUACUGCUUCCUCUCCUCCCUCUCGCAUUCCCUCCUAUGCCCGUUUACGUCCUGCUCUUCUGAUUCGAGUACCCUUUUCGUUUCGUCCUUUUUCGUCUUUACCAUCCGCAAUUGACCACAGCCACUCGUUCAACCCUUUUCUGACGCCGUUUCCUUUCCCCGCCACUGGGCUUUUUGAUACUCUUUUAUUAAUCCACUUCUCUUGUCCCAUCCGCUCCCCGUGGCAUCCUCAUCGUUCGGCACCAGCAGCCUCCUUCGGCAACGCCCUUUCGAACUCAACCAAUUCUUUCGUGACCAGGCUCGUUUCUUGACCGCGACAAUGUCUGAAGGUGAAAAGGCUCGUACCUCUGGCGAGGUUUCUCGUCCGGAACCCACCCUCCCAACCGUCAACCCAGAUGCACAGAAGUCAGAGCCCGCCAAGGCCGCCCUGCAUCCUGCUUUCUAUGUGAGCACAUGGAUUGCCCUAAGCUCUAGUGUGAUCUUGUUCAACAAGCACAUCCUUGCGAACGAGAGUGCUCCAUUCCCCAUUUUCUUGACGACAUGGCACUUGGCCUUUGCGACUUUGAUGACCCAGAUCCUGGCCCGCACCACCACCCUCUUGGACGGUCGCAAGUCUGUCAAGAUGACUGGCCGUGUCUAUCUGCGUGCUAUUGUUCCCAUCGGUAUUUUCUUCAGUUUGAGUUUGAUCUGCGGUAAUGUCACCUACCUGUACCUGAGUGUCGCCUUCAUCCAAAUGCUCAAAGCCACCACUCCCGUUGCCGUGCUGUUCGCUACCUGGGGUCUGGGAAUGUCCCCUGUGAACUUGAAGGUCCUCUUGAACGUCUCUGCCAUUGUUGUCGGUGUCAUUAUUGCUUCUUUCGGCGAGAUCAAGUUUGUCUUCAUCGGUUUCUUGUUCCAGAUUGGAGGUAUCAUCUUUGAAGCCAUUCGUUUGGUUAUGGUCCAGCGCUUGUUGAGCUCUGCCGAGUUUAAGAUGGACCCUCUUGUCUCCUUGUACUACUUUGCUCCCGUCUGUGCCGUCAUGAACGGUGUUACCGCGCUCUUCUUGGAGGUCCCCAAGAUGUCCAUGACCAACAUUUAUGACACUGGUCUCGUAACUCUCACUGCCAACGCUAUGGUCGCUUUCUUGCUGAACGUCUCCGUCGUUUUCUUGAUUGGCAAGACUUCGUCCCUGGUCAUGACCCUCUGCGGUGUCUUGAAGGAUAUCCUCCUUGUCGCUGCUUCCAUGGCUAUCUGGCACACCCCGGUCACCGCCCUCCAAUUCUUCGGUUACUCGAUUGCCCUCGGUGGUCUUGUUUACUACAAGCUCGGUGGUGACAAGAUCAAGGAGUACACCAGCCAGGCUAACCGCUCCUGGGCUGAGUACGGAUCUACCAACCCUGGCCAGCGCCGUGCUGUCGUCAUUGGCGCUAUUGUUAUUGGAUUCUUCCUUUUCGUUGGUGCGCUUGCUCCCAGCUAUGCACCGGAGUCCGUUGACCGCUUCCGUGGUGCUCUGGGCAGCGCCUCUACCGGCAACGCCUAA